AUUCACCCGAGUCCGCAAUGACGGGGCCGCGAUCGCUCUUCGCGGGGAUGAAGUUCCAUGUGCACAAGCGGACGCUGGCGCGGGACAAGGCCGAGGAGCUCAUCAAGGAGCAUGGCGGCGAAGUCGUCGACGCGAACGCCGAGGGGCGCAUCCUCCUCAUGGACAACCAGCGACUCGAGAAGCAUGCAGACGACCACCUCAAUGUCGAGUACAUCUACGAGUGUAUCAAGAAGAAGAUGCUCCUCGACCGCGAUCCCUUCAUGGCGCCGGCAGAUUGGGCCGACGACGACGACGACUACGACCAAGACGAGCCCGAAGUACGCGCCAAGAGAACACGCACGCCGUAUACGCUUCCGGAACAGGCAGCCAUGCUCCAGUACAAGUUGGACAUGCACCUCAAGCUCAACCAAAGCAGCGGGUGCCAUCGCAAGUUUUGGACCAUCGCCGCGGCCAAGAGGAUUACCAACCGUACGGUCGAAAGCAUGCUCGAUCACCACAAGAGACGACUCGUGGUCCUGACAUUGCCGCAGCUACGUGAAAUCCUUACGCAUUUCAAGGGCUACGCCGGAGACCCCGAUGAGGAUGACGACGACGACGACGAGGCACCGGCGCCACGGCCGACAAAGGCGCCGCUACCGGUCGAGCGUGUCAAAGCACUUCGAAUGGCGUCGCGCGAGGAUGUACCGCGGACGGUGGCGCCCCGCAAGCAGCCCCACCGUACGUCCCGCGAGCGACGCGUCCCUCUUGACGAAUCUGCUGAGAGCGAAGAUUUCACGGACGAAGAAGUGCCACCGCCCAUGUUUUCGACGCAAAAAGAGUCGACCCGACUCAAGCGCUCGCAACGCAGCAGCCACUCGAGCGGCUCCGAGUCGGACGUCGACGUCGUCACGCGCCCCAAGAAGCCACGUGUCUCAGCGCGCAUGGUGCUCAGCGAUGAGAAUGAAGAUGAAAGCGACGCGGAAGACAACGACGACGGUGUGGUGCCGGACAGCCAGCAGUCGCACGACAGUGCAGCGACGAUCGAUGACGCGACGCAAACUGAAGAGAGCCAGGCGCCGAUCACCGACGCUGCGGACGCCCAAUCCGCAAGCAAGCGGUCGGCAAAAAAGAAGGCAGCUGCACCGUCCCCUGGCCGUCCCAAGGCGGCCAACAGUUUUGGCCGCAUUGUGCCCCGGCACAAGCACACGAUGCGGCCCAUCGCAGUACCCGGUGUCGUCGCCCGUCCAUCAGAGCUCGCGCCGUUCCCCAUGCCAGCGCCGACGACGCCCGCCCAGCUCCGCGCGCUCCGCAAGUUUAUGUUUCUCCACUCGGGCAUGCCCGAUGAGGCGAUCGACCAUGCGCUCUAUUCGUCGUGCGGCAACCCCGUCUUGGCCAUCCACUACCUUCGAGGCAACUUACCGCUGGGCUGUUGGACGCCGGACGAUGACAGCUGGCUCUACGAAAACGUUACCGUCACGUCCCUCACGCUUGACGAGACCGACGAGACGCUGACGGCACUCGUCGAGGCGGCGUUCCGCUCGGCCAAGCCAACGCGCCCGCACCCGCUCGAGAUGGCCGUCGAGCGGCUUCGCUUUUUGGUGCGAGAGCUCAGUAUGCAGCCGGCGCCGGAUUCGUGAGUCGCUAUGUGCGUCCGUGCGACAGCCGUCGCCAGAGCAUGCGCACACGUUCCACCGCGCUGGAGAGUCGUAUUGCGACGAGGCGUAGAGGCUGCAAAAGUUGUAUUUUACUAUUUCGAUCGUCCAGCGCCUCGUCCUACGUGUCGCGUUGACCAGAGUGAAUCCGUGGGGGCAAGCAAGGAUACCACCCCUCUUUGGACGCCGAUUAUCGACCACAUCGAUCGGAGGGUGCAACACUCGCACCACAAGUGCAGACCACGUUGGGACAACGUGUGCCACUCUACUGAUGC